GUAUGAUUUGUAACUUCACAUCACUAUUUGUCAUUCAUGCAUGGUUGUCUUUACGGAUUGCAUUCUUUUUUCUGCGAUUUUUAGUUUUUUGCUACAAUUUUGCAGCUAUUGAGUUAAACAAGAUAGUAAAUGGCAAUGACAGUAAUAGAAAUACCAUAUUAAUAUUGUAAAAGUGUUGUGUGGAAGCCACUUCAGUGUCUAUCGUCUUCAAUCUAUAUCGUAAACUGCGUAUCAUGUAACUUUUGUGGUUUAUUUUGCGGGAUAAAGCAUCAUUAUUCAUCUCGAGAAUCUUCCUGGCCAUGCUGUUCCUCAUAUAAUCUGCCACCAUGAGUUGGCUUCGCACCACGGGCCUCUCGUUCGCGCGCCAGCUGUCCAGGUCUCUCGACCCGAGACAUGACUAUGAGCCCCAAGCCUGCUAUAACUCGUUCUGCAAGCAUUGGCAGCAAGCGCACGAUAUUAUACAAAAGUCGCAGCCAAACCAUCUUCACGACGAUGUACUAGGCGUGGUUAAUCACCUGGAACAGCUCGCUACACUUCUGGUCCUAGAAGCGAGAGCAAGGGAGAUCAACACAGCUACCAGCCCAGCUGCCUGUUUGGAGUACUUGCUUAGUGAAAACUUGUUGGAUAAGCUGUACGAGUGGGCUGUUUGUACUGGCAAGUACGAAAAUGCCGUCCGCUUGGAACAACUCAAGCUGUUCGGGAAUCUUAUCAGCCAUUACAGUGCGCAGGUGAUAGCAGCAGAACCAUUUUUAAGACCUCUAUUGAAGUUGCUGAGUGGUUUCCGAAAUGAACUGCCACCGCCCAACCUUGAAAGUCAGCUAGUAUCAGUCCUGAACCAGCUAUGCGUGGCGUUGAUGCAGAAUAUGAAGUUCCUAGACUUGUUCUUCCUCACUACACACACGCAUAAAGGAUCGCAAGCUGAGUUCAUAAUAGUCCGUCUGCUCCUAGCAUCAGUACAUCGCGAAGGCAGUACAGGUUCGGCGGCGAGAGAUGCUCUGUUACUCUGCGCUAAGAUGUCUGCCAGAUGUCCUCAGCUGGCAGACUUCAUGCUGUCCGGCAACACUUGUCCUGUGCUCGCUACUGGUCUAAGUGGUCUCUACUCCCUACUUCCCCGUACUCUCAACGACAAGAUCUACCGCCUGACGCCCGAUGAUGUCAACCAUGUACACAAACUGACGCUCUUCAUAGAUUCGCUGGAGUUCUGCAACGCUGUGGCACAGGUAGCCCACCCAUCAAUAAAGAAGCACCUACUAGACCUGCUGUACCAAGGGUUCCUGGUACCUGUGAUGGGACCCGCACUGUUACAGACGAAGGCCCCGCGGUUGCAGAGCGGCGCCGCCGAGCAGGCCGCCGCCAUGGCCUACCUCGAGCUGCUGCUGCGCUGCGUCAGCAGGGCCGGCCUGCUGCGGGCCGUGCUGCACUUCCUCGUCGUCUACGAGUAUGACGGAGUCAGGGUGGUGGAUGUGCUUCUGAGGAGGUUGGAGGGGAAUUCUCAGCUAUCACUAGUCUCCCUAGCACUAAUGGAGACACUCAUUGACCUGAACUGCGAAGACGUGAUGCUGGACCUGGUCUUCCGCCACCUCCUCAACGGUCAUCACCUGAUGGUGGCCUACAGACACAAGAUAGCAGACCCGGAGCCCUACAGGGACGCCGCCGUCGCCUUCUUAGGCCUCUCGCCGCGAUGCUGUGCAAGGCCUAUGGAGAUGACAAAGCAGUGGAUAGAGGAGCUAGCCCUGACCGGGCGACGAGUACUGGACUUGCGGAGCGAGGCCGAGCGACGCGUCAACGGCGUACACGACGAUAUAGCCAUGUCGCACUUUGUGCACGAGCUUAAAGUUAACUAUGGGAAUCCCAACGACACACUAUACGGUAACUUCCACGCCUACAUUUGCGAUUCACGAUUCGAAAUAGUUUCCCGCGUCCUCUCUUGCACCAACUGGACUUCCCGGUACGACAGCGUAACGCCCCCGAAACGGGAAACCAACAACAAUACAAAAGACACGAAAGAAAUCGAUACUAUUCCCACAACGAAAGAACAAGACAGCCUUAUAUCUUGUACCAGUGGGUACGAGACUAAGACCAGUGACAGUUCGGAGAAGGAACAACAUAGUUUGACGUCAUUGAAUGAGCAAGAGAGUGAAGUGAAGACCGAACAGCCGAGUGAAGGGAAAGAACAUGACAGUUUGACGUCUAUAGGGGAGAGUAGUGGGUAUGAGAGCUUUAAGUACAAAGAUGUCGAUGAGGGAUUUGCGGAAGAACUGUUUAUUAAGAGUUUUGUGAAAAGAGACGCGAGGGAGUAUGAAGGAGAAGUGCCUUUGAUUAGGAGCUGGAGGGCUAGUGCUGAAUCUAUUAUUGGCCCACUUCUAGCCAGUCUCCUAAAGAAAACGGCGGCCCUCCUAGAAUCGGACGUGAUAGUGAACUGUAGAGUUACCAGCGUGGUAUCAAAGCUGGCAUCGUUGCCCACUCCUCUGCUGACCUCGCUGCUGCUGUGUCCAGGGUUCGUGCUGCAGCCUAAUGUGCCUUCGUUGUUUCAAAUUCUAAGUAAACUAAAAGAGGAAGUGGACGAAUUAACAGAAGGCAUAGAGAACAGCGGAGAGCUGGUGGACAAGGCGAGAGUAUUCCUCAUACAGCGAGAGAUGGCGCUAGUCAAGACGCGGGGCCAGACUAACGAUGAAAGUCACGGCCACGAUACUACUGUUGCAAAAAUAGAUGACUCGCCAUUCCGGCGUAUGGAGUCUAAACGACGAAGUUUGUCCAACAGUCUCUCCAACAUGUUCGGAAGGAGAUUAUCUUCCUCAUCGCCCUCGCAAAACAACGCACACAGUCCACAAAGCAAUUCCCACGCCAGUCCACAAAAACGGCCGAUCUUCACGCAAGACGCCUAUUGGAACCAAUCCAUCACCCUCCGCUCUAUUCUAAACGCAGUCAUACUCGACGAGUGGCUCAAGGAAUUAGCGGCGUUAUGCGAAGAACAUGCCCUAAGACUUUCAGCAGGGAACUACGAAGACGACAGUUACAUACACGCAGUAGCUUUAUGACUGAGAGCCAACACCGCUGCGGGUAUGUACGUAAAAAGAAACGCCAGCGGAAAAACAAAAGACACAUUCGUUUAAAACCCACGUCGAAAUUCGAACGUGAUUCGCCAUAAUAAAGUUACUCUAGUAACUAACGAUUUUUUUAGUCGAUUUUUAUGUAAUGUUCGGCAUGAUUGGUUCAGUGAAGUUUGUAAUCGACUAAAUAUUUUUAGGUAAUUGUGUAGUGAAGUACACACGAAUGUCGUGGGAGUGUUCUCACUAAAUAGUCCAUGAAGUGUUUUUGAAACAUGUGAUGAUCCACCGUAGGUGUUGAGAGUUGCCUUCUAAGUAUAGAACGUAUACAACGUUAUGUAAAUAUUUAAAACUAAGAUUGGACCGUUUUUACGAUGUGUGACGAUACCAGAACAUUAGCGGUUUUUUACUCGUUUUUGUAAGACAUUUCAUUGUGGCCUGAAUUUAAAGUAGUUUAGAUGUCAAUUAUUAACAGUAUUUAAUGCCAAUACUGGCGUAUUCAUGGUAGUGAUUCAAGAAUCAGUAGAGAUUUUUUUAAAGCAUUUAAGAAGCACGAGAACAAUAUCAAAGAUGAAUGAUUCAAAAUAAAAGAAAACAAAAUCGUUAAUGUUCAAAGAUUAGUUUGAAUGUCUUAGACGUGAUGUUGAACAAAAAUUUGCAUAAUAAUUGAUUAUUUUAGAUGGUACCGCGUGUACUCGUUUUUUAGUUUUUGUAGUAAGCAUCACAUACUUAAUCUAAGUACCUAACUUUACUAGAAUAAUAUUAGUUGCAAUUAUAUUUAACGUUUUAACUGGAUUGCCAUCAACGUAAUUUUGAACUGUGAUUAUUAUAAUGUUCAAAAAAUUUGGUAAAUAUUUAUUGUGAAAAUGAAACAAAUUACGGUUUUGUCUGUGUGUUUUUUCUAUUAAUUCUAUUUUAAUAUAAUUUAUGUUUUUAACUAUUUAUGUUAUGUAGACAUUGUUUAUAUUCCGAACAAUGUUUUAUAAAUAGUGUCUACAAACUAACAAGAAAACUAACUAUCUGAUGUAGUAUUUUAUGAUUUGGACAUUACUAUUUUAUAUUGUUUUACUAACUUUUGACUUUGAAUAUUUCGAUUGAAAUAAUUUGCAAUAUUGUGUGUAAUAAUUAUUUAGUUAUUUUCGUGAAACGAUUAUUUUGUGUUUUAAUUUGUAUUUUAUAUUGUUUUUGAAAGAAUACUGUUUUAGUAAUGAUGAGUAUGUAUCUAAAAAGAAAGUUUAUAUCAAUUGAUAGAAUUUAUUUGAUUUUUGUAGAACCUAUUUCGCUCAAAAUACUAGGCUAGUGCUGCACUUGAUGAGAUAGGUGUUUCUUGUUCCAAAAAAGAGAUAAAAAAAAUCCGUGUGACGUGUUGGCGACAAUCAAGUGUAGCCCUGCCUUAAAAUUACGUCCUAAGUAUAAAAACGUUUAAAAGUCGUCCGUCUCCGUCCUAAGGAUGCAAAUAUUUUAUUUAUAUUUUAUGAAUAUGUAUAUUCAAUAUCAAACAUGUUAUUCGCGCAAAAUUAUACAAAACAUGUUUAUAAAUGUUUACAGUAAAGACAAAAUUUACUAUAGCAACAUUUCCUGUGAUCGUAUUGUAAGACUAAAUGCAUGAAUUCGACAAUUUCGAAAUACAUCGAGCCUUUUACGGCGGUUUGUUUGUAACUGCAACAUCUUGUAUUGGUGUUUAACAUAUCUUUUAUAAUAUUAUAUUUGUUGUGAAAUAAGUUUUUGAAAUAAUCAAAUAAAAUACGUAACAUUUAUAAGUAAAUUGAAUCGGGACUAGACCAUUUUGACAAAACUUGCCACUUCCUCAUAUCUGAUCAUGACUUGCCACUUGGAACUAAAAUCUUCAACCAUUUUCCAAGCCUCGGACUAGAUGCACAAUACAUAGUAUGGAUUGUAAUGUUACGUGAGUUUUAUAUACUUAAAAUAAAAAAAAAAUAUUGAUGAAUUUUAAUAAAAAAUGUGAUUAACAAA